AUGCCCCGCAUACCCUUUUUCCGGCUCCCCACCAAGCUCCGCCGGCAGGUCCGCCGCAACCGGAUGGCGACGCUCGCCAUCCUCGCCGUCCUGGGGGUGCUGCUCGUGCUGCCGCUGUGGUCGCUGUGGUGCGUGUACAAGCCGCCGCGGGUGCUGCUCGGCUACCUGCGCGCGCGGUACCCGGACGUGCUGUGGGAGGAGACGACGACGCAGCGCAUCAUGGCGCUGUCCCUCGACGACGCGCCGUCGGCGCACACGGACGAGAUCCUGGCCGUGCUGCGCGAGUUCGACGCGCGCGCCACCUUUUUCGUCAUUGGCGCGCAGGUCGCCGGCCGCGAGGACACGCUCCGCCGCGUCGUCGCCGCCGGCCACGAGCUCGCCAACCACGCCAUGCACGACGUCCCCAGCAGCCGCCUGCCGCUCGACCAGCUCGAGCGCGAGGUCCACGAGGUCCGCGAGAAGCUCGUCGCCGCGUACGCGGCUGAGGGCCGCAUCCUCGAGAACAACUACUUCCGCCCGGGAUCUGGCUUCUUCAAUACAAAGAUGCGCGACUUGCUCGGCAACCGCGGCUUCCGCAUCACCCUCGGCAGCAUAUACCCGCAUGACCCCCAGAUUCGCAGCCCGGAACGCAACGCCAAGCACAUCCUCAGCAUGGCGCACCCCGGCGCCAUCAUCAUCUGCCAUGACCGCAGGGAGUGGACCGCCCCGAUGCUGCGCAUGGUGCUGCCCGCGCUGCAGGAACAGGGGUACAAGAUUGUUACGAUUACGGAACUGGUCAAGUCGGUGGAGCCGCUCGGAGGUCGGUGA